AUGAAGAAAGAAAUUAUUUUCCUUCUUAUCAUUGCUUUUUCAUCUUGUACAAAGGCAACAACCCCAGGAAUUACGGCAGUAACAACAGCCUUUUUCACAUUAACUCAAACAAUAACAGGUAGAACAAUUUCUUCUUCAACGAAAAUGACAGCAUUGUCAACAGAAAAUAAAAAAUUUGAACUGCUUGUCCAACAAAUAGAAAAAGAACAUUAUCUUCUCCAAGAACUCCUGGAACAACAGCCUCACCAACAACUUCAACAGCUACUCGAACAACUACAACAAAACCACUCACACUUUGAUCAGCGUCUUCAACAGCAACAGAAACUUCGUCAGCAACUUAAACAGAGUCAUAGCUGUGAAAAUAAACUACAACUUCUUCAUAAACUGCAUAGUAUCCUUCAACUACUUCAAAAACAACAACCAUUUCUGAAUCAACUUCAAGAACAACAAGAAGUUAUCCUUCAGAAACUUCUUCAGCGACAAGAGACUGCCCAAACUCUACUGCAGCAACUACCAGAUCAGCAAAAAUUACUCGAAGAACAAAAGCCAAUUCUUCAACAAUUAUUGCUGCAGCAAUUGCGUGCUCCAAAACAAACACUGCAGCCAUCGACUUUGGUUCAAGAAGCGCUUAAUCUUCAAAAAGAAAUGGAACAAAAACGUGAGCAAUCUCGAAAUCAAGAUCAAAAUGAUUAUAAUCAACAAAUUCAAAGGCUUGAACAAAGUCUUCAACUGCUUCAACAACACGGUGAUGUAGCUGCAAAACUUCGACAACAGGGACAACAACUUACUCAACAAUUUCAACAUCUACUACAACUAGUUCAGCUUCUAAUGCAGCAGCCUUCUGAUCAGAAACUUCAAAAACAACAAUCUCUUCUUCAACAACUUCUACAGCUACAACAACAACUUCUUCAACAAUACCAACAGCAACAAUCACUUAUUCAGCAGUUUAUCCAACAACAACAACAACUUGUGGAGCUUAUGGAGCAACAAGAACAACUUGUUAUGCAAAUACUUCUAGACCCACAGGAAAUGCAUAAUCUUCUUCAGCAACUUGAGCGACCAGAAGCUCAAUCUCAACAACUUAUGCAACAACAACAACAACUUCUCCAACAACUACAGCAGAAGCAGCCUUCACUUCAGCAACUUCUCCAAAGACAACAGCCUGUUGUUGAAGAACUUCUGAAAAGCAAACAACAAUUGGAUUCUCUUCUCAAAAUUUUAAAACAACACCAGAAAUAA